UAGUUUUAGUAAUACAAAAACAAAUAAUAGACGGGAGCACGUUUUGUUUUGUUUUGAUUUAGUAGGCCAUUUUACAAUUGCCUCGCAACAAACCGACCUGCUAGGAAACAUUUAAAAAAUGGCUGGCUCUGGUAAAGACAAUAUACAAUCUAUAAAGCAAGAGUUGCCAAAGUUUAUCAGAGAAUUUAAAGCUAGAACAGGUCAAAGCGAAAGACCUAGCAUUGAUGAGAAAAAAAGCAAUUCUGUUUAUGAUGAAGAUGAUAAAAUUCGAGAUGAUGAAGCUCCAUUAAUAGAAUUAUCAGAAAAAGUUUCUAAAGAUGAAGCAGCAGCUUUUCUUAAAUCAAAAUUUGGUCAAAAUGUUAUUAUUGACUCAAAGAAAAGGUCUUAUCAACUUGAUGAGCUUGAGGGUUGUAAGAAUCUGAAAGAUGAUGAUAGUAAACUAACUUUUAGACAGCCGACUAAUCGAAAAGAGCCUACAAAUAAGAAAAAAAAAAGUGAAAUGAAGCAAGUUAAAAAUAGUAAACUUUUAUCUUUUGGCUGCGAGGAAGACGAAAACGAGGAAGGCGAAAACGAGAAUACUUAAACAAAAUAUGUGGAUGGCUAACUUCUUUGACUUUAAUAAAAGUAUCCUCACUGCUUCUUUGAGUGAAAAUCCAUAAUCGUAAAGUGCAUCAGAUGCUGUAAAUGUGUUACAUAAAUGUGUUUCAAUGACCUCUUUAUGUAUAUAUGUAUAUAUAUAUACCUCAGUUGUGUAUAUAUUCCUAUUUUUCUUGUGGUUGUUUUCUAGACAAUGGAUAUCUAAUAAAAGAACUAAUGUCACAGUGGUGCAUCGGUAAAGAGUGUUUACUAGAGACCAGUAUAUAUUAGUAACACUUGUAAAUCCGUAAAUCUUGUCUAUCAAGGGAAAGCAAGAAUCAAGUUGAUUCUAUUUUUAGCUUUUAA